CCUGACAUUGACAUAUGACGUCAUGUUAUGUUCAUUCUAUCUUAUUAAUUUUUGUGUAUCAUUUCGUAAAGAUUGCUAACAAAUUUUAGUUAACGAGUGCCAGCGCUGCUAUAGGGAAUUGUUUAUUUGUCCACUACAUCUGUGAUAUACUGAUAUUGGAAUAAACAACAACAACAAUGGCAAGUAUCUCAGGACCAGGCGCAGUAGCUUCAGCGCCUGAAGAUCUUCCACCACCUUACUCAGCUGUGGUGGGCAACCCACAAUACGGCUUUGUGGCGCCAGCAGGGGAGCCGUACACUGCUCCAGGUGCACCAUACCCGCAUCCGCAGCCGAAACAAUUCACAGCGCCGGGCGUGUACCCGCACCCCACCAUCACUGUAACGAGUACUCAACCACAAGCCGGUGACAUGGGGCCGCCGCCGCCUCCCAUGCCUGUGGGCAUUGUCCUCCCGCCCGCCGUCGGCACUGAACCGACAACAAUAACUUGCUUCAACUGUGGUAAAGUUGUGACAACAAGAGUUACGUACACAACAGCCUGGCAUACUCACCUAGUGGCUGGAUCUGUUUGUGUCAUUACCAUGGUCUGCUCACUCUGCUGUCUUGGACUCGUCCCGUACUGUUUUGAUACAUUCAAGGAUGCUGAGCACUACUGCCCCAAUUGCAAUACUUUCAUUGGAAAAAGUAGCAAGUGUUAAACAAUUGGUUGAAGGUACUGCCAUUAUAUUAUCUUAUGAAGAUUACAGCUUCACAAAUAUUGAAAAAGAAAAUGUAAAAAAAACAAUGUAAAGCAAUUAUGGUGCCAUCAACACUUAUAAAAGGCAUGUGAUCCCUGAUUGUCGAUUAUAUAUUUUUCAAACUUCAAGUUCUUGUGAAUUCUAUUCAUCUUUUAAAGCCUAAUGUGUAUGAAUAUUUGUAUUCUUGAUUCACAAUAUACUGAAGCAUAAGGGACUUCAUCUGCACUUUUAUUAAAAUGACUCUCAACUCACGGCUUACAACAGUGUGUAAGGAUGCAGGUGAAGUUGAUGAGCAGUUGAUGAAAUUAUUGCAUGUUAUAAUAAACAAUAUGAGUCAAAUUAUGCAGUAAAUGACUCUGUUUGAUGUUUAUGUAAUUCUUCAGAUAAGUUUAAAGUAACAAUGGAUAAAAAUUGAAAGAAUUUUAAACUCUAAACAAGUUGUACCAAAGACAAAUGUUAAGUGGAAGCCUAGUGGUCUAGCCACCUAUAUUCUGUAAUUGUGUGCAGUUUUCAUCAUCAUCAGCCAUAGUAUUGUCACUGCAGGGCACAGGCCUCCACGCAAACAAAAAAGGAAUGAGAGUUCAUCACUAUGAUUGCUCAAUGUGGGUUGGUAAUAUCAGACCUAAAACCAAGUUUCCUCAACAGUAUUUUCCUUCAUCAUCGGUCAUUGUUGCAUAUGAUACAAGUUACAUUGAUACUUGCCUGACUUUGAUUCAAACCGCAUACUUGAGAGCCUGGUGCUUUAACCACUAGGCUAUCCUGACUGCAGAUUUCAAUUAUUGUAACUAAACAAACAUACCACAGUGAUUUUUUUUUUGUAUGGAUUUGUUUGAGAUACUAAGUGUGUGGUGUAUUGAGAUGUAAAAUUAAAAAUAUUUCUAUCUAUGUAUAUUGAACUUGGGUACUUUGUCUAGAUUUUUGUGUGACUUACUUUUUAGCCAGCAGUUAAGAUAUUCAUAAUUAUGGCCUCUUUUAUAGACAUUGGUAUGUGUAAGACUAUGAUUCAAUUUAUUGGCAGUUGCAGACAUUUGCUUAACCAUUGUUGUACAUAAGUGACAUUCACAUUUAAAUUCCAAUUCAUUAUAAGUUUUCUUCAACUAUGCAAUUGCUCAUGCACCACUUGAAGAAAAUCUUUUACUUGCAAGAUAUUACACAUAAUGCAACAAUCUAAGUGUUUAAAUUAUCAUUAUUUAUAGCUUGCAAAAUUAUAAAAUCUUUGAAAUUGUUUGUAUAAAAUGCUAUCUACUAGUUUGUCCUAGCCAAUAAUGCUAGCUAUCAAUUCAUUCCAUCCAUUUUAAAUAUUAUGAUGAUAUUUUAGUACUUAUAUGUUUUUUAUCUGAUAUUUUAUUGACAGUAAUAAUUCCCAUUCUUUUAAAAUAAUUUCAAAAAUAUUAUGUAUGGAAUGGUUAAUACGUAAACCCAUCGUAUAUGGUGGUGACUUCUGCCACAUUGUAAAACAGGCAGUUCUUAACAUUGUGACUGAAAUUAGACUGAAUUAUUAUGAUUGUAAAUCCAUCAAAAUUAAAAACAAUUUUUUUCACUAGCAAUUAACUUACUUCGAUGAGAACUAAAUAAUAAGUUUUUUUAUUCGCCGGUUCAUACAAACUUUUAGUUGUAAAUGCAAAAAUAAUUUUAAUUAAUAAAAAUGAUCGUUUUUUUAAGGGGUAAUUUUAUGAAAGCUCUAUUGUAUAUGUUCGUCAUCCACUGUUUACAAAAUAUAUUAUAUAAGGUAUUUAUACUGUAAAUCAA